GUGACGCUGCACCAAUCCUCUUCGAGCUGCUCCCGGGGGGCCCCCUCCUUGUACCGCCCCCCUCCCCAUCCUGAAAGAGGCGCACCCUGCCGGGACGGACACUGCGCUGUCGCCGGUGGAGCACCCCUCUGAACUUCUUGGUCUCAAAGACUGACGCUCAGGCUCCUCUCUCGCCUUAGCCAAACUUGCUUUCCCGCCUCUCAAACUCCGACUUCACUCCACUCCUCUUUUCCCUCCACUUUCCCCUCCUCUACCUCCCAAGCCACAAGCCCCUGUCCCCUAUUCCUUUCCCCGUCUCUCCCUCCUCCUCUCCCUUUUCAACUUCUUGUCCGAUUCCACCUCAGACUUCCCGAGCGUUCCUAACUCAGUCGCCCGCUUUUGAUCGGCUCGAAGCCAUGGCGGGACCUGGGGGUUGGAGGGACAAGGAAGUCACGGAUCUGGGCCACUUGCCGGAUCCAACUGGAAUAUUCUCAUUGGAUAAAACCAUUGGCCUUGGUACUUAUGGCAGGAUCUAUUUGGGACUCCAUGAAAAAACUGGUGCAUUUACAGCUGUUAAAGUAAUGAAUGCUCGUAAGACCCCUUUACCUGAAAUAGGAAAGAGAGUGAGAGUGAAUAAAUAUCAAAAGUCUGUUGGAUGGAGAUACAGUGAUGAGGAAGAGGAUCUCAGGACUGAACUCAACCUGUUGAAGAAGUACUCUUUCCACAAAAACAUUGUGUCCUUCUAUGGUGCUUUUUUCAAGCUGAGUCCUCCUGGUCAGAGGCACCAACUUUGGAUGGUGAUGGAGUUAUGUGCAGCAGGCUCGGUCACUGAUGUAGUGAGAAUGACCAGAAAUCAGAGUUUGAAAGAAGAUUGGAUUGCUUAUAUCUGCCGAGAAAUUCUUCAGGGUUUAGCUCAUCUUCAUGCACACCGUGUAAUUCACCGGGACAUCAAAGGUCAGAAUGUGCUCCUGACUCAUAAUGCUGAAGUAAAACUUGUGGAUUUUGGAGUGAGUGCCCAGGUGAGCAGAACUAAUGGGAGGAGAAAUAGUUUCAUUGGAACACCGUACUGGAUGGCACCUGAGGUGAUUGACUGUGAUGAAGAUCCAAGACGUUCCUAUGAUUACAGAAGUGAUGUGUGGUCCGUGGGAAUCACUGCCAUUGAAAUGGCUGAGGGGGCUCCUCCCCUGUGUAACCUUCAGCCCUUGGAAGCCCUCUUUGUUAUUUUGCGGGAAUCUGCCCCCAAAGUCAAAUCCAGUGGAUGGUCUCGUAAGUUCCACAAUUUUAUGGAAAAGUGCAUGAUAAAAAAUUUCCUAUUUCGUCCUACUUCUGCAAACAUGCUUCAUCAUCCUUUUGUUCAAAAUAUAAAAAAUGAAGGACAUGUUGUUGAGUCAUUGAAGAAGCAUCUUACUGGAAUCAUUAAAAAGAGACAGAAAAAAGGAAUACCUCUGGUCUUUGAAAGAGAAGAAGCUAUUAAGGAACAGUACACCAUGAGAAGAUUCAGAGGACCUUCUUGUACUCAUGAGCUUCUGAGACUGCCAACCAGCAGUAGAUGCAGACCACUUAGAGUUCUGCAUGGAGAACCCUCUCAGCCAAGGUGGUUACCUGAUCGAGAAGAGCCACAGGUCCAGGCACUUCAGCAUCUACAGGGAGCAGCCAGGGUGUUCAUGCCACUACAGGCUCAGGACAAUGCACCUAGGCCUCUACAGGGGCAAGCCCAGGCACCUCAGCGGCUUCAAGGGGCAGCUCGGGUGUUUAUGCCACUACAGGCUCAGGUUAAGGCUAAGGCAUCUAGGCCCCUACAGAUGCAGAUUAAGGCACCUCCACGACUCCGGAGGGCAGCCUGGAUGCUCAUGCCACUACAGGCUCAGGUUAAGGCACCUAGGCCUCUACAGGUACAGUCCCAGGUCCCAAAAGAGCAACAGGCUCAGGCUCAGCCCCAGACAUCAGAAGAGCCACAGGAUUUGGACCAGGUGCCAGAAGAAUUUCAGAGGCAAGAUCAGGUACCUGAACAACAACAAAGGCAGGGUCAGGCCCCUGAACAGCACCAGAGGCAGAACCAGGUACCUGAACAGCAGCUGGAGCUGAACCAGGUACCUGAACAGCCAGAGGUACAGGAACAGGCUGCUGAGCCCACACAGGCAGAGACUGAGGCAGAGCAACCUGAGUCAUUGCGAGUACAUGCUCAGGUGUUCCUGCCCCUCCUGUCACAGAACCACCAUGUGCUGUUGCCACUACAUUUGGAUACUCAGGUACUCAUUCCAGUCAAGGGGCAAACUGAAGGUUCAGCUCAGGCACAGGCCUGGGCACUAGAGCCCCCACAGGCAGUGGGCUCAGUUCAAGAACUGAUAGAGGGACUAUCAAGAAAUUUACUUCGAGCACCAAACUCACAUAACUCAAAGCCGCUUGGUCCACUGCAAACCUUGAUGGAAAACCUGUCUUCAAACAUGUUUUACUCCCAACCAGAACAGGCAAGGAAGAAAAAAUCAAAAGUGUCUAGUCUAAGGCAGGCAUUGGCAAAAAGACUAUCACCAAAGAGGUUCCGGGCAAAGGUAUCGCGGAGACCUGAAGACUUGGAGCUCUCAGAUGUAGAAGCCUGCAGGCGAAGGCGCCAGCGCAGAUGGGAGGAUAUCUUUAAUCAGCAUGAGGAAGAAUUGAGACAAGUUGCAAAUGACAAAGAAGAUGAAUCAUCAGACAAUGAUGAAGUAUUUCAUUCAAUUCAAGCUGAAGUCCAAAUAGAGCCAUUGCAACCAUACAUUCCAAAUCCUAAAGAGGUUCAAGAGAGAUCUACUUAUAAUCAGGACUGUGCACAACGUGUCAAGUUCUCUUCAAAUGUUCCUCAGCAGUCUGUUUUGGAACAAGCUCUGAAGCCCACUGACAUCAGACAAAGGAGUUCACAAAAUCCUCAGAAUUGCCCAGCGGCGUCAGAAUCAUCUUCUGAGGAAGAGAGUCCUGUGACCUGGAGGAGGUCCCAGUCAUCACCACCUUAUUCCACUAUUGAUCAGAAGUUGCUGGUUGAUGUCCAUGUUCCAGAUGGAUUUAAAGUAGGAAAAAUAUCCCCCCCCGUUUACCUGACAAAUGAAUGGGUAGGCUAUAAUGCACUCUCUGAAAUCUUCCGAAAUGAUUGGUUGACUCCUGCACCUGUCAUUCAGCCACCUGAAGAGGAUGGUGAUUAUGUUGAACUCUAUGAUACUGGUGCUGAUACUGAUGGUGAUGAUGACGAUUCUAAUGAUGCUUAUGAGGAUACCUAUGACCAUGACAAUAGCAAUGAUGACUUGGAUAACAAGGUUGAUCAGGCUAAUGAUGUUGGUGAAGACCAUGGUGAUAAUGACAAUGGUGAAGCUAUUGAUGACAAAGAAAAUAAUCAUGAUGAUGCUCCUUGUUGGCCAAGACCAAGCUAUGGCAGAGAUGGAAGCUGCAAGCAAGAUGGAAGUGAUGGUGGAGAAGAGACCUGCAGCAGCUAUGGAAGCCAGAGAGUCCAUAGAAGUCAUGAAGGAAAUGUAGCCAGUGGGGGCAGUGCAGCCAUUGUAGAUGUUGAAGAACUUGGAGCCAAUAUAGGCAAUGGAAGAAGAGUUAAGGAGGUUAAUGAAGGUAAGGGAGUCAGUGAAGCCAAUGAAGAAAGCGGAGCCCUUGAACUCAGUGGAGGAGAAAAUCACUCAGAGACAGAUGGUCAAGGAUUGGAGAGACCCAUAUCCCAGGACUUUGAACAUCAACAGAAGGAACCAGGUGGUAGAAACGAGGCCUCAAAUGCCAUUGCCUCUGGCGCUGCAGCAGCAGCACCUGAUGAUGAGAAUGACAGCAUGGACAUAUCAGAAGCAUCAACACAAUCAGGUUUUUCUGCCAGCUACUCAUCUCCUUCCAAUGGUUUUUGGAGGGCUGCAAAUGCUGACUUUGCCAGUGCCAUCUUGUAUGCUGGAUUAGUGGAAGCACCUGAGAAAUCACCUAAGCGACCCUCUGAAGUCAAUGUUAACCCACUAUAUGUGUCUCCUGCAUGUAAGAAACCACUAAUUCACAUGUAUGAAAAGGAAUUCACUUCUGAGAUCUGCUGUGGUUCUUUGUGGGGAGUGAAUUUGCUGUUGGGAACCCGAUCUAAUUUGUAUCUGAUGGACAGAAGUGGAAAGGCAGACAUCACUAAACUGAUAAAGCGAAGACCAUUUCGUCAGAUUCAAGUUGUAGAGCCACUCAAUUUGCUGAUUACUAUCUCCGGCCAUAAGAACAGACUUAGGGUUUAUCAUUUGACCUGGCUGAGGAACAAGAUUUUGAAUGAUGAUCCAGAAAGUAAAAGGAGACAAGAGGAAAUGCUAAAGACAGAAGAAGCCUGCAAAGCUAUUGAUAAGUUGACAGGCUGUGAACACUUCAGUGUCCUCCAACAUGAAGAAACAACAUAUAUUGCAAUUGCUUUGAAAUCAUCAAUUCACCUUUACGCUUGGGCACCAAAAUCCUUUGAUGAAAGCACUGCUAUCAAAGUGUUUCCGACAGUUGGUCAUAAGCCAGUGACAGUUGACCUGGCUAUUGGUUCUGAAAAAAGACUAAAGAUUUUCUUCAGCUCAACAGAUGGAUAUCACAUCAUUGAUGCCGAAUCUGAGGUUAUGUCUGAUGUGACUCUGCCAAAUAACCCCCUGGAAAUCAUUAUACCACAGAAUAUCAUCAUUUUACCUGAUUCCUUGGGAAUUGGCAUGAUGCUCACCUUCAAUGCUGAAGCCCUUUCUCUAGAAGCAAAUGAACAGCUCUUCAAGAAGAUCCUUGAAGUGUGGAAAGACAUACCAUCUUCAGUAGCUUAUGAGUGUACACAGCGAACCACAGGAUGGGGCCAAAAGGCCAUCGAAGUCCGCUCUUUGCAAUCAAGGGUCCUGGAAAGUGAACUGAAGCGCAGGUCAAUUAAGAAGCUGAGAUUUCUGUGUACCCGAGGUGACAAGCUAUUUUUUACCUCCACCCUGCGCAAUCGCCACAGCCGGGUUUACUUCAUGACCCUUGGAAACCUUGAAGAGCUCCAAAACAAUUAUGGUGUUUAAAAAGUUCCAAUGAUUUAUUACAUUUACAAACAUCAUAAAUAUGCAACUUGCAUUUUAAUAUUUCUGAGAUUAAAUGAGCAUUCAGUUUUAUUUUAGGGAAAAAUUAAAUCAGAUACUUUACUUUUAAUGUAGCACAAAAUAGUUCUAAUGAGAAAUGCAGCUUUAUAUAUAAAAUUAACUAUAGCAAGCUCUAUGUACUCCAGUGGUGUACAAUGUCUUUUGCACAAACUUUGUAACUUUUGUUACUGUGAAUUCAAAUAUUACUCUUUGGACAGUUUGGACAGUAUCUAUAUUCAGAUUUUACUACAUGGUGUAAAGAAACCUGUAAUAAGUUAGAUCAUAAAUCCUUUCAAAAUAAUUGACCCUGAGUGAAGUUUUUCAGAAAAAAAACAGCAACAAACUAUAUGUACAUUUGCAAAGUCAUAUAAAGAACCAAAGUUUAGAUUAUUAAGUGAAAAUAAUGACUAUUGCUAUAAACCAGACUAAGCCUGAACAACCUACAUGCCUGGAGAAAACUACAGUGAUAAAAGGGAAAAGGCUACCCAUUUACUUAUAGUUCCUUGACAGUCAAGCUCCUAGUCAGAGACCAGUUGUGUUUUUUUCAUACCACGGUAAGCUGGUUUUCUCCUGAUAAGGAGGAAGAAAGUCUUAGAUGCUUGAUUUUCCUCAGAACCCCUGAAAAUGUGCAAUAGCUGUUUAAAAUAAAACCACCAAAUAAUACACUUGCAAGACUGAAUACAGGACUGAACUAUACACAUGUACUGUAGAAUGAGUUUUUAUUUUUAAUACAUUAAAGUAGGCAUCAAAUUUUAACCCCCAAAAACAGAUUGGUUGAUUUAUCAAAACUCUUAUCUGGCCAACAGUGGGACCAUCAGACAACAUUGAAUAUUUUCCCAAUCCCAGAUUAAACUAUAUAAAAAUUCUACCCCCCACCCCGGGUCAGUCGUUAAACAAAAAGAACAAAAUGUAACAACAAAAACUUUGGCUGCUAAUGCUUAUGUUUUCCUAUUUCUAUUACUGUAAAAUCAGAAAUUAAUCUAAAAGUGAUAAGUCUACAUGUUGGGAUUUAAUGUUUAGGUAAAAAAAGAAAGAAGAAAGAAGAAAGAAAGAAAGAAAGAAAGGAAGAAAGAAAGAAAGAAAGAAAGAAAGAAAGAAAGAAAGAAAGAAAAGAAAGAAAGAAAGAAAGAAAGAAAGAAAGAAAGAAAGAAAGAAAGAAUAUUUUGAAAAAAAUACAGCUUUCAUCAAAUUUAGAGUAGUGAAAAUCAUGCUAGUCUAUCACCCAAUAUAUUAUAGAUGCCAUAGAUAGGUGGUGUUUGGUCACCUAUAGUACCUGCUACCUGGUGAAAAACAUAGUUUCAUAAUUUCCUCAAUACCAUGGUUAGUUCUGGGGCAACAGAGAAGCAACAGAACUACCGCAAAGUAUACCUCAAUAUAAUUCCUCUAGUUCUGCUUCAAAAGUAUGAAGCAAGCACUAGCAGGAUACUAAUUUACAAACUACCUGGUUAACCAAAAUACAAAAGCAGCUGACUAUGUGUGAUUUCAUGAUAGCACAUUGUUUCUUGACACUCUGGUGCCAAGAAUGAUGAUUUGGAUUUUCCUAACAACUUCUAUCAAGAGUGUAGUAGCUCAAAAUGAGAAUUUAGGAGAACCUGAAUCCAUGAAUUAAAGAAAUAAAUGUGAUUCACAUUUCUGUUACUGUGACACAAUAAUGUGAUCCUAAAACUGGCUUAUUCUUGUGUGUUUACAACUCGAAUGACUUUUUAAUGCAGUAGUUUAAAGAGAAAACAAACAUUUACGUCAAAUUAUUUCCUUAGAAGUAGUCUUCAUUAUUAUAAAUUUGUACACCAAAAAGCCAUGGGGUACUUUGUGCAAGUACCUCAUUGCUGAGCAAAUGGAGCUUGCUAUGUUUGAAUUUCAGAAAAUUUUUCAUUUAAGUAGUGUGUAGAAUCAAGUCUUUUAAGAAUUCAUUUUUUUCUUCAUAAUAUUUACUCAAAGUUAAGAUUCAAAAAUAAGUUUUAUCUUAAAAUCGUAUUUUAAGGCAUUAAGACAGUAAACUAUUUUAGGAAGUCAACUCCCAUUGUGCUUUGUGGCUGUUAUUCUAGUAAACAGAGACCAUAGUGAACUGAAUCUACAGAGAUGCCCCAAAGUAAACAGGAAAAAUUACAGAUGUGUAACUGAGCUUUAAAGGAUGAGGUGUUAAUAAAGAAAGGAAGCUGAGUACAUAUCACGAAAGGAGAUUGAAAUGUUGAGUAGCCAAAUAGAAAGGACUGAAAAUAUUUAAAGUGGUUCAUAGGUAAUGAGUAUUUCCAAUUUUGAUGUUAUUCCAUCUGGAAUUUUUAUAUCCUUUGCCAGCUGAAACGAAGUGAAGAGACAAUUAAAUUUCAUAGUCAGUGCACAGUAAUAGAAGGUAUAUCUACACCUUGCUUUGUAGAUCAAGCACCUGAAGCAAUGGAGGGGGAAUCCUGACCAGCCAAUUCCCCUAGCCCUGUGAUUGAAAUCAUGAAAGUUCUAGCAGCUUGUGAGUAGCACUGGGACAAAAUACAGUUUUAUUUUAGUGUACUUUAGUUUUUUCACUAAAGCCUUUGUCCAAAAUAAAAGGCAGUGUUGGAAAUAUUUGAAAACUAGAAAAUGAUGUAUGAAAAGGGCUGACAAGAAAAGCUCUGAGUGAUCAUGUCUGUUGAAGUGAGCUCAGAGCCUCAGAGGAAAUAGUAAGAAAGGGUAAUCAUUUAUAUAGUAAAAUAGGCAAAGCAGAAAUCAUACAUGUGCAUAUACACGCAUGUACACAUACAUACAAACCAGUAGAAUGCAUAAUUUUUAAUAUUUUUAAUAUUUUAGUGCUACCAGUUUCUAGAGAAAAUAAUCAGUAGAUAUUUUCUGCCAGAACUCAUUUAAUUGAAAUAGUAUUCAUAAAACUAGGAAUAAUGCCACAUACAUUCAAUGGGAUCUUUUAAAUACUCCAAUUAUUUUUUAAAAUGUACCUAUUUAAAUCAAUUUAUAUUCGAUCUGUGCUUUAAAAUUUAUUGAAAUAAUCUUUGAGACUGCUAAUUGUUUCAUCAGAAAAUCUGUAAUGAACUAUUGUUCAACCUCUAAAAAUAAACAUUUUAAAAAAUA